AUGCGGGCUGCCCGGAACCGCGGAGGGCGGGCGCACGCAGUCUCCCUGGGCUCCGCGGAGACAGGGAUACACAGCGUCCCGGUCGCCAUGAAAACAGGCCACACCCCGGCUAUCCCGGCCCGUGCCCGCCCAGUGCGCAGACGCGCAUGCCGUUCCGCGCAUGAGCAGUGCGGCUUGGAGCCCGCCAGCCCGUGUCUCCGGCGCCAGCUACGCCGCUGUGGCUGUCACUAUGGCCCAUUACAAAGCCGCCGACUCGAAGCGCGAGCAGUUCCGGAGGUACUUGGAGAAGUCGGGAGUGCUGGACACGCUGACGAAAGUGUUGGUAGCCUUAUACGAAGAACCAGAGAAGCCCACCAGUGCUCUGGAUUUUUUAAAGCAUCACUUAGGAGCUGCUACCCCGGAAAACCCAGAAAUAGAGCUGCUUCGCCUAGAAUUGGCAGAAAUGAAAGAGAAAUAUGAAGCUACUGUAGAAGAAAAUAAAAAACUGAAAGCAAAGCUUGCUCAGUAUGAGCCACCUCAGGAGGAGAAGCGUGCUGAAUAGGAUUCUUCUCAGUUGAAAAGACACUGAAAACUGGUUUUGUAUCACUUGAAUAGCUUGUAUAGUAUAUAAUCUUCCUGAAAAGAUGCUAUAAACUUUUAAUAUGUUAAAUCCACUCAUCACACUUUAAUGUUAUAAACACAUAUACAUAGAAUCACCAAUAAAAACUCAAUAUAACUUUC